AUGUCAUUCCCCACCUGGAGGCCGAGAAGCUGGCUCGCUUGUUUUACGCGGUGUCCCCCUCCCUUUUCCCUUGCAAGAUACAACACGUGGGAACCCGAGGAGAACAUCCUGGAUCCCCGGCUGCUGAUCGCCUUCCAGAACAGGGAGCGGCAGGAGCAGCUGACGGGCUAUCGGAAGAGAGGCCCGAAGCCCAAACCGCUGGUGGUGCAGGUACCUACCUUUGCCCGUCGCUCCAAUGUGCUGACCGGUCUCCAGGACUCCUCGGCUGACAACCGAGCCAAGCUGGAGCUGGGCGCACAGGGCAAGGGCCAGGCGCACCAGUACGAGCUCAACAGCAAGAAGCACCACCAGUACCAGCCUCACAGCAAGGAGCGGGCGGGCAAGCCCCCGCCGCCGGGCAAGAGCGGCAAGUACUACUACCAGCUCAACAGCAAGAAGCACCACCCCUACCAGCCAGACCCCAAGAUGUACGACCUGCAGUACCAAGGCGGCCACAAGGAGGCGCCCAGCCCCACCUGCCCGGACCUGGGCGCCAAGAGCCACCCGUCGGACAAGUGGGCCCAUGGCGCGGGGGCCAAGGGCUACCUGGGAGCGGUGAAGCCCCUGACUGGGGCGGCCGGGGCUCCAGGCAAAGGCGCCGAGAAGGGCCCCCCCAAUGGCAUGACGCCGACCCCCAAGGAAGCGGUGACAGGCAACGGGAUUGGGGGCAAGAUGAAGAUCGUCAAGAACAAGAACAAGAACGGCCGCAUUGUGAUCGUGAUGAGCAAGUACAUGGAGAACGGCAUGCAGGCGGUGAAGAUCAAGUCCGGCGAGGCAGCCGAGGGCGAGGCGCGCUCCCCCAGCCACAAGAAGCGCACGGCUGAGGAGCGUCACCCCCCGGCCGACAGGACCUUUAAAAAGGCCGCGGGCGCCGAGGAGAAGAAGGCUGAAGCGCCCUCCAAGAGGAGGGAGGAGGAGGCGCCGGGGUCCGGCGACCCGCAACCCCAGGACGCCGGCUCCCGCAAGCUCUCCCCGGCCAAGGAGGCCUUCAGCGAGCAGCCCCUGCAGCUCACCACCAAGCCCGACCUGCUGGCCUGGGACCCCGCUCGGAGCACGCACCUGCCCCCUCACCACCACCACCACCAUCACCACCACCACCACGCCGUCGGCCUCAACCUUUCCCACGCACGCAAGCGCUGCCUCUCGGAGACCCACGGCGAGCGCGAGCCCUGUAAGAAGCGCUUGACGGCGCGCAGCAUCAGCACCCCCACCUGCCUGGGGGGCAGCCCCGCCGCCGAGCGCCCCGCCGACGUGCCGCCCGCCGCCGCCCUCCCGCAGCCCGAGGUCAUCCUGCUGGACUCGGACCUAGACGAGCCCAUAGACUUGCGCUGCGUCAAGACGCGCGGCGAGGCCGGGGAACCGCCCAGCUCCCGCCAGGUGAAGCCCGAGGCGCUGGCGGCGGCAGUGGCGGUGGCCACGGUGCCGGCGACGGCGGCCGAGAAGCCUUCUGCUGAGGCCCAGGACGAGCCUGAGGAGCCGCUGACCGAAUUCAAGCCCUUCUUUGGGAAUAUAAUUAUCACUGACGUCACCGCGAACUGCCUCACCGUCACGUUCAAAGAGUACGUUACGGUGUAGCCCGGAGGGCGUCGGAAGGGGAAGCGC